UUUCCUUUUAUAUCGGUUUGUUUUUUUUUUCUCGGAAUCUGUUUUUUCUUUGUGAUCGGUACCUAUCAUUUUCCUCUCUUUUUUUCCUCUUCGUUUCCAGGAAAAGCUAAGAUUCUUGACGAAAAUGUAUAAGGAGCUGCUGUGUUUUUAUUUCAUUGUGCUUGUUUCCUUGGCGACUUUGUUUUCAGAAUCUAAUGCUACUACGGAUAAACUUGAUGUCAUAGCUUUAAAUGGUUUGUUCAAGGCCCUAAACAACGCGUCCCAGCUAAAAGGGUGGCAACUUGACGGCGGGGAUCCGUGUGGGGAUGUCUGGACCGGAGUAGCAUGUUCUGGGUCUUCCGUGACACAUCUGAGAGUUCCACAACUAAAUCUUAGUGGGUAUCUAGGCCAACUUGAUAAUCUCAAUAACCUGAGGCAUCUGGAUUUGAGCUCCAAUUACAUUGGAGGUGAAAUUCCUUAUGGCUUACCACCUAAUGUCACUCAUAUAAAUUUAGCGUGUAACAGCUUGAUAAAAAAUAUACCCCACUCAUUAUCUUUCUUGACAAAUCUAACGCAUCUGAAUCUAAGCCACAACUUUCUGUCUGGACCUAUUGGCGAUGUGUUUACUAGCUUACAAAGUCUGAAAACAAUGGAUCUAUCGAACAAUAAGUUCACCGGAGACCUACCAAAAUCUUUUGGAUCACUGACUAAUCUUACCGAACUGUUCUUGGAAAAUAACAACUUCACUGGAUCGGUGAUAUAUUUGGCUGAGCUUCCAUUAAAUUACCUGAACCUUGAAGGUAAUCAUUUUAGUGGCAGAAUUCCACGGCAGUUUCAGUCGAUUCCAAAUUUAUGGUUUUGGGGUAAUAGAUUUGACACAGUGGCCAUGUACCCACCGUGGAAUUUCCCUUUGGACAAUGUUCCACAUGAGCAAAAUAUUAGUAGUCCACCAUCAUCUCAGCAGAGUGCUAUGGUGGACUACCCCUCCUCUGAAGCAAGUGAAACAAAGAAGAAAAAGCUAAGCCCCCUUAGAAUAUCUUAUGUGGUUGUUGGUGUGGCUCUGGUGGCAGUCUGUGUAGCAGUAGUCUUUGCAAUCCACAUUAAGCGAUCUAAUGCAAAAAGACUUAGAAGCUUGGACGACUUGUCUACUGCUGCACAAACCGCAAGCCCACCAUUCUUGGAAAUCAGCAGUCCAUUCAAUCUGGUCCCAAGGCGAAAUCCCCCUGUUCUUCUGACCAAUACUGAGAAAACAUCAAGAAGAAAAAGUUUCGCAGGAGAAAACAAAUUUGCUAUGCAUUCAAAAGUGUAUACAGUGGCGGAGCUUCAAUUAGCUACGAACAGCUUUAGUGAAGAAAACCAUCUUGGAGAGGGAUCACUUGGUCCUGUUUACAAAGCUGAGUUUCCUAACGGCCAAUUUUUUGCUGUGAAAGUCAUCAAUAUGGUAUCUUUGUCUUUCGAUGAAGAAGAGAAAUUUAUGGAUGUCAUUCAGAUGGCCUCACAACUUAGGCACCCCAAUAUCGUAAGACUUACUGGGUAUUGUGUAGAACAUGGCCAACAUCUUGUAGUUUAUGAAUAUGUGAGAAACUUGUCUCUUGACGAUGCUUUGCACAGUGAAGUCUUCAAGCCACUGUCCUGGGGAUUACGUCUUCGUAUUGCUCUUGGUAUUGCUCAGGCUUUGGACUAUUUGCAUUCUACAUUCUCGCCGCCAGCUUCUCAUAGCAACAUAAAAGCCGCCAACAUCUUGCUAGACGACGAACUAAUGCCUCACGUGUGUGACUGUGGCUUAUCAAUUCUAAGACCACUUACGAGCAAUUCUGCUUCUGAAAUUGCCAUCCGGAACACCGGUUACAUUGCACCUGAACACGGGCAACCAGGGAGUGAUAACACAAAAAGUGAUGUAUAUGCCUUUGGAGUGCUGCUUUUGGAGUUACUAACAGCAAGAAGACCCUGUGAUAGUUCAAGACCUCGAGAUGAGCAAUCUUUGGUGGAGUGGGCGUCGAUCCGUCUUCAUGAUAACGAGUCUUUGCAACAGAUGGUUGAUCCUGGCAUUAGAAGAACAUUUCCUCCCAGGUUUCUCUCCAGUUAUGCAGACAUUGUGUCCUUAUGCAUUCAGCCUGAGAAAGAAUUCCGACCACCCAUGUCGGAAAUCGUGGAAUCUCUGACACGUCUAUCACAAAAGAUGGGCAUGACAAAGAGCAAUGCAUUAAUAGAUGGAGCUGAAGUUGAACCAGUCUUCGACAGAUCUUUCAGGUCAACCCAAACAUGCUUCGGUAGCUCUCCAGCUGCUAGCUUGUCUAUUGAUGGUACAUAGCCAAGGUUGGCUCUUCAUCACAUCUUUGUUCAUUGGCAAACAAUAUAAUAAAAUCUUAGAUCAUAUUUUAGGUGCUCAUCCGGCAUUUGUGCACCCCCUCCCCCUUUUUUAUCUUUUUUGGGGUGGGGUGCUCAUACAUACCAGUGUUAAAUUUGAUGGCUUGUAAUGGAUAGAAUGACAACAUUAAGCUCUGCUUUGCUCAUCUAUUUUAUCU